GCAAAGUGUGUGUGUUUCUGCCGACUGGAGCCCAGAGCUGGAAAGGAAACUGAAACUGUCGGUGCAACUACGCGCUCUGUGUGUUUGUGUAUAUAUAUGUGUGUGUUUGUGUUUUGUACUGGAUCAUCACUUGAAUAUUUUGGAUUGAGAAGAAUUUGAACUUUUUCUCGCCUGAAACUGUCUCCAGCUUUUUUUUUUUUUUUCACGCAACUUUUUUUGACUUUAAAACGUGGAACUUGUAUUUAUUUUUUAAACCCGUAUUAUAUUGGUUUCGUCCCAGCACCUCCUGCUUGCCCCUGGGGCCCUUAUUCAUUAGUAAGCACCAUCCACUUCAUCAUCAGGUUACACGCAGCGGAGGAGCUACGUGACUGCGCUCAGUCACUCUCAGCUUGAACCAAACCCCGGGAGCAGCAGCAGCAGCUCCUCACGCAGCAUCACCACUUCUUUCCUUGGGACUUUAGUUUCUUUUUGUGGAUUGUUUCAUUUGUGUGUGUGUGUGUGUGUGUGUGUGUGUGUGUGUGUGUGUGUGUGUGUGUGUGUGUGUGUGUGUGUGUGUGUGCGUGCACCGGGAGCUGCCACCUCCCCCCUCCCCACCUCCAUCUCUCAGCACUCGCACACAUCACGACAUGAAACUGGGUCUGGUCCUGGAGGCUGCGGCGGCGCUGUAUCUGCUGCUCUCACCUGCACAGAGUCUACCUUUGGCGAACAUUAACCGUACAACUGAAGUGAUAUUGUUUCAAGAGGUGUGGAGUCGCAGCUUCUGCCGGACCAUCGAGAAGCUCGUGGAGGUGGUGCAGGAGUAUCCGACGGAGGUGGAGCACAUCUACAACCCCUCCUGCGUGCCACUGGUGAGGUGUGCAGGUUGUUGCGGGGACGAGAACCUGGAGUGUCAUCCAACCCGCACCACAAACGUCACCAUGGAGCUGUUGAAAAUCAGGCCAUCAGAGCAGGGUCAGGAAUAUGUUGAGAUGACGUUUGUGGAGCAUCAGACAUGUGAAUGUAGAGUCAGGAAACCUGUUGUGAUCGUUGAGAGGAAAAGACCAAGAGGGAGAGGACGGAAGAGAAAGGAGCGACAAAAAAACAAAGAAUGUGACAGGUGCCAGGUCCCGCGCAGGUAACUGCAGUGGUGACCCAACCCCCUGAUGCAGUGUGGCUCAUUAUUUAUUUCCAGCCCAGUGACGGCAUCAAGAGUCUCCUCCGCUCAUCUAUCAACACUGUGUCUGCAGCCAGAGACUCAGAGAGCUGGGUCGUCUUGCUGACGUGCCCUUCUGCUGUUGGGCAGAGCGUUUUGUAAUGACAAGGUUCAAAAGGAAGUGUGUUCUGAUUGGUGGAGACACUGCUGACACAAACGGAUAUCCCUGGGAGCCAGUGCAAUGUAGAAUCAAACCGACUGAUGCCUUUUCUUUUACACUAGUUAUUACUGUAUCAGUUAUUGUAAUUUGUCGAAUUCCUCUGUAUUUAAAGGUGGUUAAGUUUAAAAAUCUAUAUUUAUUGAUACAGGCGAAUAUAUUUGGACCAGCAACAUGUAUAAUGUUUGUCAUUCCUUCUUCAAACUUUAUCCAAGACACCUUGACUUGUCAAAACUGCAAAUGUUGGACUGAGUGUGCAGCUGCUUUGUACACCCUAAUAAUGAAAUGUCGCCCUCUAGUGUCUGUGGAAACAGUGUUCAAAACUGAUCUAUAUGAAAUUAUUUUUUUAAGGGGAAAUACAUGAAUAUAAUUAGACACAGGACAGUCACGAUCAAUCACUUCAUCCCAUUAUUGGCAUUAAUCGAUCAGUUAUUUAAGUCACAAUCCCAUAAUCAUUGAUUCUGGAUGAAUCCUCUAUAUGUCACGAGACCAAACAGGAGUUGUUUGUAUUUUGCUGCCAAUUCACAUCCGUAUAAGAGCAAUAUUUAUCAGAAAAGUUUAUCAGCUGACGACGUCCUCAGAAGAUUAUGUAUGAAUAAAUAUAUCAAGUUGACAAAUAUCCUAAUUGUUCUUUAAUCCUCUCUUUAUUGCUUUAUUGUGAGCAGGGUAGAAUAGUGAAUAAAACUGCUUUCUAAAUGAACAAAAUUCGGCCUUGUGAGAAAUCAGUUCACUUCACAAGACAACAGAUUUUGAUUUUGAUACCUUAUGUUUUUUUAUUACAUCACAAUGUUUUCACAGAUGAUAUAUAUUUAAAAAGAUAACAUGUCUGCUGGGUGGGCCCCAGUGACACGUGACUCACAUGAGCCCACAGCACAGGUGUCUUCCUCCAUAUGUGUUUCUUUUUUAAAUCCUGCAGUAAGGAAGGGAUCAACUGAAGUAGUUCUGUAAAACAAUGUGCUUUUGUUUUUCAUGUGCUUCGCAAAGAAAAUCUAUGAAAAUGUACAAAGUAACAUUUCUACUGUUUUUUAGCAUUUUAUUUCAUUUGAAUAUUUAUUUUGUAAUUAAAUUGUCAUGGUUGUCAGG